AAAUAAUUUGGUGAUUCUCCGCAUUCGGGGAUUUCUCUUUUUUUAUUCCUUUCUUUUUUUGCUAUCUGUUUUCAUAUUUCAUUUUCAUUCUUGAUACCCAUUUGUUUUGUUUUCUUUCUUUCUUGAUGCAGUGAUACUUGGUUAGCGUCAACCGCCUUUGAGCAGACAAACAUCUCCUACUCUUGAUACCCGCGAGUCUGCUUUUAGGUAUUGGUAUGCGUUGCAGUAUCCCUACUACUCCUUCUUUGUGAAAACAUCUUCCCCUCCUCCUCAGAAAAUAUAUUUUAUUUUAAGUUUUCUUUUCAAAAUGUCCGCCUUCAUACAACCAGCCCUUGGGUCCCCCAAGCCUCUUUUACCCCGUAUAGAUACGACGAACACACGCUACGAACACGAGAGCAACCCGAAAACCUUCAACUCUGCGAACGAAUCGGUCGAAGCGCGCUUGGUAUGGGCCAUUGGAGAUAUCCUGGGAAUAGACUCAACCUCAAUUCAAAUGGUGGACUCCUUUACAGACCUCGGGGGUUGCGAGAGGACGGCCGCUCGCUUGAGCACCACGUGCCGGGAUUUAGGUUUGGAGGUUGAUUCCAGUGAUAUCAUGAACUGUUUUACGCUUGCAGAGCUGCAAACUCGCAUAACACCGUGUUCACGGGAGGUGUCACCCCAAAACGUCCCAACUAGUGGCUCGCUCGCAAUACAGCCGCUCAAGCUCCGAACGGAUAAUGUGGCCGCCUCACAGGCUCGUUACUCAGUAGCACCUUCGACAGCCAUCUCCGAGGUUCACUUUGACCAUGAAAGUUUCAUUUGCGACGAGGAGUCAGUUUCUAGGGCUGUCAUCAUUAAGCCAAGGGCGGGAUUCUUCGAUGGCAAGCAGGUUGUGUUUCUUUCACUUGCUGGUCUCCAGGUCCCUGGAACGCCCACCUCCGAUAUCGAAGUCAUACCGCAGACAAAGAUGUUUCUUGCCGGCACCAAAGUCGCAUCAAUAAGGCAUGACCUCGAAGCAGCCGCUAUUGCCACCGACCUACCGGAUAUUUGGAUUGUACUUCGGCAACUGCCCGUAACCGAACAUGGUGCACUCGACCGGAGAAAGCUGCGCACCUGGCUUCAAAAUAUCAACCAAGAGACGUAUCAACACAUCAUGAGCUUGGAUACGGAGGAGACUUUGCAACAACCCUUGACAGAUAGUGAAAGGGCUCUUCAGAAGGCUGUUAGCAAUGCUUUACAGGCUCCGCGUGAGGAGAUCGGCAUGAACUUCUCCUUUGCCCAACUGGGCGGAGAUGAAGUUAGCGCGAUGCAGGUGGUGGCCAGGUCCAAGUCCGACGGCAUAUUCCUCAGCGCAACUGAACUCCUGCAAAAUAGCUCCUUAGCACAACUGGCCGCGAUGGCAACAUCACGUGGGGAGAUGCCUCGCGGCUGGGACGGGGAGCCGGAGGGAGAACACUUUGACUUGUCACCCAUGCAGCAGCUCUAUUUUAUGACUACAAUGGGAGGUGAUUCUAGAUACCGUGUGGGCAAGGACGGCAACUACCGCUACAACCAAAGCUUGUUGCUCAGAGUGAAGAAAAACUUUGGUUUUGAUAAUAUAUCAGCGGCAGUUCAGGCGUUAGUUGGACACCACACCAUGCUGCGCUCGAGAUUCUACCGGACCGCCGAAGGUGGAUGGACUCAGAGAACCGUGGCUCCGUCCAACAACUCAUACGCGAUGCAAUUCUCCACGAUCGGCAACAACAAGGAACUCGAGAUUGUCAUAGCGAGGAGCCAGGCAAUGAUUGACAUCGAAAGCGGCCCCGUCUUUGCGGUCGACCACAUCCAGACGACGGACGAUUACCAAAUGAUCUAUCUGGUCGCGCAUCACCUUGUGGUGGACUUGCUUUCUUGGAGAGUAAUUUUGGACGAUCUUAACGAGCUUCUCAUGAGCGGCAGCCUUCUUUCGCACCGCUCGAUGCCUUUUCAGAAAUGGAAUGAGCUCCAGAAGAAGGAAAUCGAGCAGACCGAGAUCACCAGCCCCUUACCAGCAGGCACACCAGUUGGUAAUUACGCCUACUGGGGACUGCAAGAUGUGUCCAACACCUACGCUGAUGCUUCUGAACUCGGAUUUUCGCUAAGCCCAGAGUUGACCACAAUUCUCCAGAGCACAUGCAACCGUGUUUUCCGAACUGAAUGCGCGGAUAUUUACCUGGCUGCCAUUCUGCUUUCCUUUUCACAAACUUUCCACGACCGUUCAGUACCCGUAAUCUGGAAUCAAGAGCACGGCCGGGAGGUAUCCGACCCGUCCAUCGAUAUUUCUGAUACCGUGGGGUGGUUCACCACUUUGAGCCCGGUCGGCUCAGUUUUGGCUGGAACUGGCAAUGACUUCAUCGACGUCUUGCGCCGACUCAAGGAUGUACGACGGGCGUUGCCCAGGCGCGGCGCGCAAUACUUUGCUUCUAAAUUCUUCAAAUUCGGCGGGCCGGACCUGUUUACCGAAGAUUGGCCAUUUGAGCUCAUCUUCAACUACGCUGGUUCGCUGGAGCGUCUUGAGGAGAGCAACGGUGUCCUGGAGCAGAUUCCCUUCCCAGGGCGGACGCUGGCGUCCAAAACAUCCAACAUAGGCCCCAACGUCGGCCGUAUCGCUCUCUUCGAGGUUAGCGCCAUGGUAUCGCAGGGCUCGGCACAUGUCAAGCUUGUGUACAACAGGCGAUCGCGCCAUCAGGAUCUCAUCUCCCAGUGGAUUCAGAAUUUUGAGCAUCUGUUGCUUGAAGCAAUUGGCCGGCUUCGCUACCAUACACAGGAGCUGACUAUGUCUGAUGUGCCACAGCUGGAUGUUACCUACGACGGUUUGCGUAAGCUCAACUAUGAGCGCACGUCGUUGCUCAACCUGACCAGCGUGCGCGAUAUCGAGGCUGUGUAUCCAGUGACGGCUGUUCAACAAGGCAUCUUGGUGAAGCAGGCAGUUGACCAGGAAGCCUCAUACCUGCAUGCCAUCUACGAGUUUUCAUCCCUAACUGGCCGGCCAAUCAACAUAUCGCAGCUUUGCGCUGCAUGGCAGAACGUCACCACAAAACAUGCCGCGCUUCGCACAGUGUUCAUCGACAGUGUUACUGAGACCGGAGUGUAUGACCAGGUCGUCCUGCGGAGAACAUCCCCAAGCAUGCUCUUCAUCGAUGUCACCUCCGGCGAAGACCCGAGCGAGUCGUUGAACAAUUUACCUGCGCUACCCAGCAGGACUUCUGGUCAGACUCAGCACAGGUUGGCAGUUUGCAACACACCCACGAAGACGCUGGUAAAGUUGGACAUCAACGAAGCUCUCUGUGACCCCCAGAGUCUUAAUGUCAUCUUCCUCGACCUCCGCCGGGCAUACACCACCAACCAACCGCUUCCUGAACCUACCGGCCUUACUUACCCUGACUAUCUGAAGUUCCUUGAAUCCGCCCGUACCAGCCAGAGCCUCGAUUUCUGGAUCGGCCGACUUGCAGGGGCCGAACCUUGCUUGUUCCCGCGGCUCACACAAGAAUCUCCGAAGCCUGUCUUUGAAAACUACAGCUUCGAUCUAGAAGUUGACGGCAGUAUGUUUGUCGAGUUUGCCAGGUCCAGAAGUGUUACCCCCGACGCAGUCUUGCGGCUUGGGUGGGGCCUGGUACUACGCGUCUUUUCCGGCAAGGACAAUGUAUGCUUUGGCUACCGCGCCACCGGACGUGAGGCUGCUUCUGGCGGUCCAAGCAUGCGAAAUGCAGUCGGCUGCUUCAGCAAUACGGUUGCCUGCAACUUUGACCUGUCACCUUACAAUUCUUUGGCCAAUGUCUUGGCUAUCGUGGAGGAACAGUACGUUGCCAGCCUGCGCCACCAGCAUGUGUCUAUCCCAGAGAUUCAUCAUGUUCUUGGCAAACGUGGCAACGAUCAGCUCUUCAACUCGGUGGUAUCAUUCACGAACGAACCUUCAGAGCUCAGAAGCCGACACACGGGUCAAGCUGAUUUUGAACUUAACAGCGUAUCCCACAGGGAGACAUCUUGCUAUGACCUGGCCAUCAACGUUCGACUUGGCAGUGGCAGGCUCGUUGUCGACAUCGGCAGCUUGUCUCUGGUCGGGGAAAGAGAGGCCCCCAACAUCGCAAACACGCUCAGCAAAGCCCUUCGCACCAUCAUGGAGGACCCUGCAUCCUCCAUUCAAGGCAUCAAUCUUUUUACCGACCGCGAUUACGCACAGGUUGUCGCAUGGGCAAACGAGAGAGCUCCACCGGAGCCAAGGGUUGCCGUGGUGCAUGAGCUUGUAGAGACGAAUGCUCGAGGCAACCCCCAUGCCAUGGCCGUAUGUGCCUGGGAUGGCCAGCUUACCUAUGGCAAGCUUGACGAUCUUUCCACACGGUUGGCUCAGCGAUUGUCCGAGGCCGGCGUCACCACUGGGGUUACUGUCCCUCUAUUGCUAGAGAAGAGUGUCUGGUCGCCUGUCGCCAUGCUCGCGGUCCUCAAAGCGGGUGGUGCUUUUGUGCCCAUCGACUCUGCCGAUCUCAGCAUGAUCCAGCCCAUCUUUGACAAUAUCAGCUCCAGGGUGGCUAUUGAGUGUGACAACGCUGGUGGUGUGCUCCGCAACCUUUUUGACACCGUCAUCGUCCUGAACGGCGAGCUCAUGACGCAGCUCAAGUUGCAGGCUCCACGUCACGUCGAAUCUUUGGCAACAGAGGAUGAUGCGGCUUGCGUCUUCUUCACCCCAUCCAACUCAAGGGAGGUUAGGGGUACUGCUUUCACCCAUGGCGCCUUGUCGAUCGCCCUUCUCACUCAAGGACCUGCAGCCAGCAUCAACUAUGGCAGCCGAGUGAUGCAGCUCUCGUCUUACAAUAUCGAUAUUGCCAUUUCGGAAGUGUUCGCGACACUUGUGAAUGGUGGGUGCGUCUGCAUUCCGAAUGAAACGGAACGGGUAUUCGAUUACGUGGGAGCUGUUAGGCGGAUGGAGGUAAAUUGGUCAUACAUGACGCCACAUCUGUCUCGCAAGCUCAAUCUGGAGCACCUGCCCAGCCUCAAAACUGUAUGCUUCAGGACACGUUCUCUAGAUGAGGAUACAUAUGCUCCUUGGGCCGGCAAAAAGAAGGUGAUAUUCGCAUAUGGCGCACCGGAUGUCUGCCCUCUUGGUAUUUCAUUCAUGGAGGUGCAUGGCCCGCAUCAACUCAACCGCAUAGGCACACCCCUUGCAGGCAACUUCUGGCUCGUCAACCCUGAGGAUCACCGCAACCUUAUGCCCAUUGGCAGUAUUGGCGAGCUUGUCGUUGAAGGACCAACCCUGGGGUGCUCAUUCGCGCGGGGCCAAAUGGACCGGACACACUGGAAUGCCGCCGAAUUCUCCGGCUCGGCCCCUGGCAAGAAUACUAGGUACUUCAAGACCGGACACCGUAUGCGUUAUACGGAUGGCGGUGCUUUGCAGCUCGUGUCGCAGAAGAGGGAGGAUAUCGAGAUCGAUGGCAGCUUGGUUGUACUUUCUGAAGUGGAACAAAGUCUUCGCCGUUGCCUUGGUCAGGGCAUGGACGUUGUGGUCGAGGCCAUUGCCUUCAAGGGCUCCAAGGCCCCUCCGGUAUUGACUGCCUUUGUUGAGCUUGGCUCGAUGUUCGACGGACCAGAGGAUCUGCAGCGGUUAAGCCAUGUGACGAGAGAGCGCAUCUUCAAGGCCAAGCGAGUGGCCGAGACCGGUAUGCGCAACAAGGUCCCGCACCACAUGAUCCCCCAGAUUUUCGUUCCGGUGAAAGACUUGCCAAUCACGUCCUCGCUCAAGGUCAAUCGUCGCAGGCUGCAAAAGACCAUUCAUGGACUCUCGCGAGAACAACUACUCUCACUUUCGAGCGUCCCCAACCCUAAUGAAGUGCAGACUGUUGGUACCACGUCUCUGCCUUUGACGCAGACUGAGGAACGGAUGCGGAGGAUCUGGGCUCAUGUGCUUAACAUUGAAGACGAAACCACCAUCUCAGCUGUUGAUGGAUUUAUCAAGGCUGGCGGUGAUGACAUCUUGGCCGCUAAGCUGGUUGUGUGUUGCCGUCAGGAGGACAUUGCCAUUUCCAUUGCUGAUGUCUUGCGCGACAUGCCAUUGACCGACCUGUGCCGACCGGUUACCGCAGGAGACUCACGAUCCAAUGUGCAAUCUUUCUCUACGGCUUCCUCCACAUCCACCAGGCCGACCUCGACAUCACAGGCCGGCUCGGAAGACAUCACGCCAACUCAAAACAAUUCGCACGCCUCCGUUGCUCCAGCAAUCGUUGACCCCGAGAAGAAGGCCCGUGAUGACCGUCUCAGGGGAGUACUGGCAACCAAGGUAGGCGUGGAAACAAAAGAAAUCAAGGAUGUUGCCGAAGCUUCGUCAAUGCAAUCGCGUUAUAUCGAGUCGGGUAUGCUCCGUGGCCGUGCCAACAUCAACUACUUUGUGUUCUCGUUCCAUGGACCCGUGGACCACCGGAAACUCGAGGAAGCCUGCCAAACGCUCAUCACCAUCCACCCUAUCCUCCGCACCGCCUUUGUUCCGUACAAGCGCAGGAUGUACCAGGUUGUGCUCAAGACGCCUCCGGCAGACUUCAACCGUUACCUCUGCCCGAGCUGGCGCUUGGCUGCUUUUGCCGAAAAGGUUAUCAAGAAAGACCAGAGCACGCCAAUCGCUUUUUCUGCACCAAUGACCAAGUUCAUCCUCUUGGAUGGUGGCAAACAGUCAACUCUCCUCCUGCGACUUUCCAAGGCACAGUAUGAUGACUUGUCGGUUGCCUUGCUCGUCAAAGAUCUCAAGAAGCUGUACGAUGGCGCCCAAAAUCCACCGCGGCGCCCAACAUAUGCCGAGUUCAUACGAUGCGCCCACAUUUCCAACAAGCAAGGAGCAGAGGAAUACUGGAAGCUCCUGCUCGAUGGCGCAAACAUGACUAGGGUUGUUGCCCACUCCAAACCACACCAACUGACCAACCACGUCAAGACGAUCCGCCAGCGUAUUGCGGUGCCUUCGUUGGCACACCUUGGCAUCUCGUUCGAGACCAUCUUGAAGGCUGGCUGGGCGAUGACACUUGCAGAGCUUUCCGGCACUGCCGAUGUUGUCUUUGGUGAGAUCGUCGACGGUCGCCAAAUCCGACUCUCUGGUGGACAGUCAGUCGCCGGUGUGUUGGGCCCCACGGCUAACACAACGGCCGUCCGCGUUCGUUUCCCAGAGGGAGAUGGUCGCCUGUCACCACUGGACCUGCUACAAUAUGUGCACGGACAGCGUAUUGCAGGAAUCCCCUUUGAGAACUUUGGCUUCCUCGACCUUGUUGAGCGCUGCACAUCCUGGCCAUACUGGAUGCGCUUCAGCACUGUGGUUCAGCAUCAGUACGAGGAGACGACAGUUGUGCCCUCCGAGUCAAAACUCUUCCACCUGGGCAAGGGUGGUGAUGCAGGCGCACUUUGCAAGUUCAGCAUCAUCGAGAGCCGGGCGCAAGAUGUGCCUGACAUGUUUAUUCAUUCAAUGGCCCGCGGUGGCAUCACAGCGAACGACAACAGCAACAUCGAGCUCAACAUUACUUUCUGCGAGAACAGGAUACCUGUGAGCUUUGCGGAGGAGACACUUCGCAUUCUGAUUGGCAACGUGGCUGUUCUUACCUCUGGGUCCAUCAUGCACGUUGUCAUCCCGUCGGCCGCGCAGUACAAGUCGAAGCGCCCACAAAUUCCGCUCCCGCAAAUGCCAUCGACUACUUUGACACCAAGCUCGCCAGUCUCGCACCGCCUCCCGGCUAGCGACAUGGAAGCUAUCCAGAGAGUUAUCUCCAAGUGUUGGGCUGCGGCGUCGCUGGAUCCCUCUUCAUUGGGUGUUCCAGAAGAGCACCGUGAACACGCGGCCUUUUAUGACCUCUGGGGCUCGUUGGUACCAGCCUCGCAGCUUGCGUCUUUCUUGACCCGCGAAAUCCCUAAGCUCGGCCUGCUUGGAGUUGGUGUCGAUUUUGGGGUCACAAUGGAGGAGAUCGCUGAUAACCCCACCAUGGCUCGACAGCUUGAUUUGAUAGUUCGCAAGGCGGCAUUGGCGCUGCCCAAGUCCGCUCCUCUCCCUUCCUCACCGUCGCGCAAUAGCCAUACCUAUCACCUGUCGCUCGACAGCUCCAGGAAGGUGGCGGCUCCGCUCAGCUCCCCGAGUCGCAACAUUGCAUCAAAGGCGGUCUCGAAACUGACGAGCAAGCUCAAGGGCUCAUCUGCCGACAAAGAGGCUUCUCGCAGCAGCUUGAAGCUUCCCACGCGGCAAGACCAACAGGUGCCAUUUUCAGCUCCUCCCUUCAAGUCAUCCUUCGAUACCUCUGCGCGGACUCCAUCGCCGCCUCGCGAGCAACCUCCUGUGCCAACCGGUGUUGCCGAGUCACCUCGUCUUCCGUACUCUGCUCCCUACAACGCCCAAGACGAGCUGGAGCGACAGCUCGACCGUGUCUUGAAUGAGAUAACCGCUGCCAACGAGAACGCACUCAACACAGGCAGAAGCACCAGGAACGCCUCCAUCGACAACGAUGGCGUGCAGAUGCAGCGCGGCGGCAGCACGGGCACGUACAGCUCGGGAGUGGACUACAGCUCGGGAGUGGACAGCCUCACCGAUGGCAGCAGCACCACGACCCACAGCACAACCUCUUCAGACUUUGAGAAUGCCGUGUACGCCAGCCUGCCCGGCUACUUUGGUGGUGGCAGCAACGUCACCGUCCAAAAGGCCCCCGUUGUGUCGCCGGCUAGUAGCUCAGCACGCACGCCCCGUACUCCGCGAUCAACGCAGUACAGACAAAAAUUCUACGGUCAAAACAUCUCCAUCAAGCCCCUACCGCAUACUAUCCCCGAGGGCGGCAUUGAUGACGUCGUCAGCCCGUUGAGCCCGCCUCAGGGCCACAGGAGGUUCUUUAGUGCCGGCGGUGGUCAUUCGAGAUAUCACCACCAAAGGGGCGAUUCGUCGCUCGUGACGCCAAUCACUACCCAGGGGCCACCGCCGCCUUAUAUGGACUAUCCCCGCCGAGGCUGAGCUUUACUCGUUGCUCUUUUUAUUUUCCUUUGUACCAUCUUUCUGUUUUGAAUGUAUAUAUAUACGCGAAUCUUGAGGAGCUCGUUCUUUGAUUUGCAAACACAAAAACAAACUCAAUUUUCUUUUUGUUAUCUGGGUCGGCGGAAAAGCAUCGUAUUUUAGCAAUACGGCGAGGAGUUUUGAAAUUAUACCACUUUUAGAGUUUGUCUCUUUUUGUACACAGGUUACAGGUUGGCAUUUACAAGAUACCAAAAAUUGCACAGUUUUGUAUCCCUUUUUUCAACUCGACCACGAUGCUUGAUUUGACUGGUGAGUUAUUACUGAG